AUGGAAGGGGUCCAACCCCUGGAUGAGAAUGUAGGAAACAUGCCCUGGCCAAGAGUCUCUAGGAACAAGCUCCUGCUGGUGGCCACUUGGGUCCAGGGGCUGGGGCUGCUCCUGUGCUUCGCCUUUAUCUGCCUGCACUACUUUGCUCCCCAGCUCUUUGCCAGGACAGUUGGACCUAAUCAGAGCCCAGCUAAUGAUUUUGCCAACCUGAACUACACAGAAAACCCUGUAGAGUUGGUUGAGGAGCUCUUCCUAGAGCAGAAUUUUUGGGUACACAAUCCAGUUCAAAGUAUCAGAGUGCAGUUGACCAAGUAUGAGAAGGAGAAAGGUUUUAUCAUCAUAUCCCAAAAUCAGGAUGAAAUCAUGAAGGUGGAAAACAACUCAAUUGUCAUUAACUGUGAUGGGUUUUAUCUCGUCUCCAUGAAGGGAUACUUCUCCCAGGAGGUUAAUGUCAGCCUUCAUUACCGGCAGAAGGAGGAUCCCCUCAUACUCCAGAGCAAGGCCAGGUCUGUGAACGCCAUUGUGGUGGUCUCACUACGGUACAAAGACAAAGUCUACUUGAAUGUGACCACUGACCACAGGUCAUCCUAUGAUGACCUCUAUGUGAAUGGUGGAGAAUUGAUUCUCAUCCAGCAAAACCCUGGUGGAUACUGUGCCCCCUGAGGGUCUGAUGGCAGCACCCCAAAAUCAGGUACCAGCAU